AAUUGGAGACCCCAGUAGCCUGUAUCAUUUGAUAUUUGACGGACAUUGUUUCAGCCCGUGAUACCGUUAUGCCACAGUGUACCCAACUGGUAACUUUACGUAAACGCAUGCAAAUUCUGGAAGGCGUUGUACAGUAGUGAGAAGUGAAUGGGUGUCGAAAGCUCGCGAGAUUCGGGGGCUGGACAGCUAGGCUAAACAUCCUGUCGGAAUAGCACCGGAGACGAAUUAAACUAAAACCAAGCAGCAAACAUGUCUGGACGCUCAGUUCGAGCGGAGACCCGAAGCCGCGCUAAAGAUGACAUGAAAAAGGUGAUGGCAGCCAUUGAGAGGGUCCGGAGAUGGGAGAAGAAAUGGGUUACUGUUGGGGACACGUCUUUGAGAAUAUUCAAAUGGGUACCUGUGGUAGACACCAAGGAAAAAGACAAAGUUGCAGCUGGUGUGGUCAGGGAUCUGAACAACUUCUCAGAUCCGAGCUCAGACAACACGCAUUUGCUAGACUUUCAUGAUGAGAACAGUAACCAGAGCUCGCUGUCUGACACAUACCAGCCAAAAGUAGACAGCAGCAGUAACUCCAGCCCCCUGCCCAGCGAGCCUUUGAGCCCCGUGUUCCCCUCUGGCUUCCGCACUGACGACUCCCAGCCUCCCACGCUGGGCCAGGAGACCAUGGAGGGUGAGAAGACACACCGACACAUACACCUCGAUGAUCUCAUGAUUGCAAAGCCUUCCUUGACAUGUGAAUUAGCGGAUGGGCCUCCAACACUGAUCAAAGAGGAUCUGUUGACCCUCACAGCUCAGGAGGAAGAAGAAUGUUCAGGGGCUCCACCACUAAAGAGAGUGUGCUCCGAGCAUACUCCUGUCUUGCAGGUUUCAACCUUGAGAUAACACCCAUUGCACUUAGUAUCAGGUUCAAGUUCUAGUCACUUCCGGCAUCGCAUUGAUUUACUCUAUGAAUCGAAGAGUCUCCCAUUGUUUUCAGGGAUUGAGUGGGCUCCAAUUCAUGGGUGAGUUUAUGAAUGACUAUGCUGAAGUGAUGAGACGUUGGUUUAAAUGAGUAAACCCAACCUCGCUAUCUUAUGACAAGCAAGUUGCACGAUUAUCAUUCAUUUCUGUCUUUUGACGACUUAAAAAAACAAACAUUUAUGGACCAUAAGUACUGAGCUUAUAUUGAUAUGUACAUUUUCAUUUGUUAUGACCUUGUUUU